AUGCACUUCCUCCAGAACGCUUUCGUGGCCGCCACUAUGGGCGCUGCGCUGGCCGCCGCUGCUCCUCUUGAGAAGCGCUCCUGCACUUUCACCUCCGCCUCUGCUGCCAAGUCUGGCAAGUCCUCUUGCACCACCAUCACCCUCGACAACAUCGAGGUCCCCGCCGGUGAGACUCUUGACUUGACUGGCCUCAAGAAGGGUACUACCGUCAUCUUCGAGGGUGAAACCACCUUUGGCUACAAGGAAUGGAAGGGUCCCCUGAUCUCCAUGUCCGGUACCGACAUCACCGUCAAGCAGGCCUCCGGUGCCAAGAUCAACUGCGACGGUGCUCGCUGGUGGGACGGCAAGGGUAGCAACGGUGGCAAGACCAAGCCCAAGUUCUUCCAGGCUCACAAGCUCGACGAGUCCAGCAUCACCGGCCUGAAGAUCUACAACACCCCUGUCCAGGGCUUCAGCAUUCUGGCUGACCACCUGACCAUCACCGACGUGACCAUCGACAACUCCGCCGGUACGAGCAAGGGCCACAACACCGAUGCCUUUGACAUUGGUCAGAGUACCUACAUCACCAUCGACGGUGCCACCGUCUACAACCAGGAUGAUUGCCUGGCCAUCAACUCGGGUGAGCACAUCACUUUCACCAACGGUUACUGUGACGGUGGCCACGGUCUCUCCAUUGGUUCCAUUGGUGGCCGCAGCGACAACACCGUCAACGACGUGACCAUCUCCAACUCCAAGGUGCUCAACUCCCAGAACGGUGUCCGUAUCAAGACCAUCUACGGCAAGACCGGCACUGUUGAGAACGUCAAGUUCGAGGACAUCACCCUGUCCGACAUCAGCAAGUACGGUAUCGUCGUUGAGCAGGACUACGAGAACGGCAGCCCCACCGGCACGCCCACCAACGGUGUCAAGGUUGAGGACAUCACUUUCAAGAAGGUCACCGGCAGCGUCAAGAGCUCUGGUACUGACAUCUACAUCCUGUGCGGUUCCGGCAGCUGCUCGAACUGGACCUGGAGCGGUGUUGAUGUGACUGGCGGCAAGAAGAGCAGCAAGUGCAAGAACGUCCCCUCGGGCGCUUCUUGCAGCGACUAA